UUUUGAAAAGUUGGAAGGUCUGGAGGACCUGAUGGAGGACCAGCGAGACCAAGAACUGUGGGCGAUGAUGAACGAUUCAUGGACCAACUCGAGUCGCGGUGGAAACGACACGGGUACCAGGAACCAGACCGGUGUGAACCCCCUGAAGCGGAACGAGGAGGUGGCCAAAGUGGAGGUGACCGUUCUUGUCCUCGUCCUGCUGCUCGCGUUGGCCGGUAACCUUUGCGUCCUCUUGGCUAUACAUACGAGCAAGCACAGCCACUCUCGAAUGUACUACUUCAUGAAACACCUCAGUAUUGCGGACCUGGUGGUGGCAAUCUUCCAGGUCCUCCCGCAGCUCAUAUGGGACAUUACAUUUCGCUUCUACGGGUCUGAUUUACUGUGCAGGCUGGUGAAGUACCUACAGGUUGUCGGGAUGUUCGCGUCCACCUACAUGCUUGUUCUAAUGUCCAUAGACAGAUGCUUGGCGAUAUGUCAGCCCCUCCGCUCUCUGCACAAGAGGAAGGACUGUUUUUAUGUGAUUGCUUCUUGGAUGCUUAGUCUGGUUUUCAGUACCCCUCAAGUGUACAUAUUUUCCUUGAGGGAGGUGGGCAACGGAGUUUAUGACUGUUGGGGAGACUUCGUAGAACCCUGGGGCGCCAAGGCGUACAUUACAUGGAUUAGUCUUACAAUCUACAUCAUUCCAGUGGCUAUUUUAAGUAUUUGCUAUGGCCUGAUAAGUUUGAAAAUAUGGCAAAACUUUAAAAUGAAAACCAGACGGGAUCAGUGUAUGUCUCUGACACCGCGGACGUCCAAAUGUGCAGCGCUCUCUCGGGUGAGCAGCGUGAGGCUCAUAUCAAAAGCGAAGAUCCGAACUGUCAAAAUGACUUUUGUCAUUGUCGUAGCUUAUAUUGUUUGUUGGACUCCUUUUUUCUUCGUACAAAUGUGGUCGGCAUGGGACCCUGCUGCACCCAGAGAAGACAUGGCGUUCAUCAUUGCCAUGCUGCUGGCCAGUCUGAACAGCUGCUGUAACCCCUGGAUCUAUAUGUUCUUCGCUGGCCACCUGUUCCAUGACCUGAUGAGGUGCUUCAUCUGCUGCUCCUCACAGUACCUGAAGGCCUCACAGUGCGGAGGGUGUGACCGCCAGCAGAGCCGCAGGAGCGUCUCCACCUCCACCUCCACCUUCGUCAUCAAGAACCAUAGUAGUCAGAGGAGCAUCACGCAGACCACCAGCACAUGAGGAGUGAGGACCAUGGAGGAGAUGAGUUGGGGUGGGACAGGAACUCACCACUACCGAAAGCCCUUCUUCAUAUCAGUCAGAGAGGGGGUUGCAUGGUGAAGACUUAGAUCUUCACCAUGCAAUGCUUAUCGAUAAGGUCCAGGUUUGGAGCGUACCAUGGAGUGAUGACACUGUCUCCACUUGGUGAUUUUGUAAAUAUGUAUACAUUAGAUUUUCUGUUUUUACUACAUGUGCCCAUCUCAUUCAUAUAAAAUGAUUAGAGGUACACAAGUUGUUUUUGAAAUAGGUCACUCUAAUUAUAUCUUCUGCCACCACUUGUCAUGCGCAUAUUGGUCAUAUGGGCGGGUAUUCCAACAGUUUCCAAUGUCAUCUCAUUUUUUUUACUGUUGUGUAGGAACUUGAGAUUUGUAUGUAUAUAACCCGCUAUGACCAUAUGCACCUCUGUGAUUAUACGCAAAUGUGAAUUGAAUUGUUUCCCCACCCACCAUGUGUCAUGUGCGUAAUGGUCAUGUGAGGUGAAAUGUUUAGAUUUUAGGAUGUGAGCACUCAGUCAUUGUCAAUAAAGCAGUGAAUUGGGAGCAUAAAUAGUGUGUGGGCCUUCCUGUUUUUUAAAAAAUAAAAUAAAACAUCUUUAACUAAAAUAGGAUUUUAUGGUGUAUCUUUGGAUCAGAUAACAGAAUAUUCCUCAUCCUUUGUUGAUGGUUACCUGGGUUGAAUAAGACCAAACGUGGAAUCUUUAUACAUUUCAUCUCUGGGUCAUAAGAUUAUUUUCUGUUAUGGCUAAACAUGCUGUCAGUUCCUAUAGAUUGCAUUUCCAUAUCAUUCAACAAAUAGAUACAUUAGAUAUAAUGUUCCCCAUUGGUACUAAGACAUGAGUGUGUAGAUCCAUCUGGCCUCACCCUUGCCUGAACAUACUGGGAAUUCUUUCACUAAAUAUUUUCUAUAUCAAUUACAUACUGUAUGCAUGUCACAACUAGCACUAAAGACUGACAUAACAGCUAACUGUAACAAUAAACAAUUCAUUUGUUGUAGAAUCAAUGUGUGACAAAUGACUAAAAAGAAAACACAAUAUAUAUUUUUUUAUUAUAAAGUUUGUAAAAUAAAGAAUAUGGAAUACCAUUAAAUCAAUCAUGGAUGAGUGUUUUUUGUAGUGUACCAUGUUGUAUAGACCAUAA